AAUGUUUAUUAACAUGAAUGGUAACCAGUGCUCCUCCUUUGCCUCAUGUGUGCCUUCUUUACCGCCUUGUGUUUGAGGUUUGCGGGAAGUCGGGCUUCCAGAUUGCUUGUCAGUGUAUUGUCAAGGAAGAGCAUUGAAAAUGGCAGGGCUACUGUCGGGAUUAGCAAGAGGCAUGCGAAAGAAGCGCAGUUCAGCUUUACAAAUUCUCACUUCCAAGAAAGGCCCCAUUGGCUACUACAAAGGCAAGAAUUGUAAAUCUACAGGCUUCCAUACGAGAAAAGGUGGAUAUGUGUUGAUGGAAGAAAAAUUGCCACACUAUAUUGUUCCUGAUUUAACAGGAUUCAAGGAGUAUAAAACUCACCGAAAAGCACAUGUCAACAUUUAGAAAGAAAUCAUCUGGUUGAAUUUUAGAGAAACAAGGCGCUUGCAUAUGCAUCAGAAUGACCAUCACUUGUAUAAAAGAGUUAGAUUCAUGUGAGAAAGAUCUUUUGUAUGCCAGUUACAAAUGUUAUUUUACUUCUGUGAUUUGGCUACCUUAUAAGAGAGCUGUUUGUCCCUUAAGAAUUUUUAAUAUUGAAGAUGAAAGUGGUUCAUUACCCCUUUUGUCAUAUAGAACUAUUUUAUAUAGACCAAUGACUUCUCGCAGAAGGUAAUCAUAAAAAAGUGACGAACCAAACUGCAAGAUUAUACAAACCCCAUGUGAAA